AUGGCACAAGUCGCCCCAGCACACAACCCAUCCGAGCAGGUUCCUCUCGACACAAUUCCAAUCUCUCCCGAUGGCGCCGUGACCGACGCGACCAAUGGCGCCACCCAUGGCGAGAAGAGCAUCGACAACGAGAAGAUCAUCACCGUCUUCGACGACCCGUCGAACUUCAACGUCAAGCACGCCCUUCAGCAUACAUGGACCUUGUGGUUCACGAAGCCACCAAGCGGCAAGCAAGAUUGGAACGAGCUGCUCAAGGAGGUCAUCAGCUUUAACAGUGUUGAGGAAUUCUGGGGUAUCUACGUGAGUUUCCAGCUUGCCCAUUUCCUCUGGUGUCCACGCGCACUUGCUAAUUUUGAUUUGAACACAGAACAACAUCACGCCCGCCUCGGAGCUUGCCCAGAAGUCUGACUACCACCUAUUCAAGCAGGGUGUGCGCCCAGAGUGGGAAGACCCCCAGAACAAGCAUGGCGGUCGCUGGGCCUACACAUUCAAGGGAAGCAAAGCGCAAGACGACACCUGGCUCAACAUCAUGCUUGCUGCCAUCGGCGAGAUGCUGGAAGAGGAAGGUGACAACGAGGUCAUGGGUGUUGUCGUCAAUAUCCGCAAGGCGUUCUGGCGUGUCGGUCUCUGGACCAGAACUGCUGGACAGGCGAAGGGCCGAAAGGACGACGGAGCCGACCCUGCUGAGAGCCGCAAGCGCCUCGAGCGCAUCGGCAAGGAGUUCAAGGACGUCCUUCAGCUACCUGCGACUGAGGCAGUCGAGUUUAGCGGUCACGCCGACUCUGCUCACGCUGGCAGCAGCCGUGCGAAGGCCAAGUUCUCUGUCUAG